GAAUUGAGUUUGGUGAUUGUUCCCCAAACAAUUUUCUCCAAUGACGAAUUGGAGGAGUUUAUGUCGCAAAUCAGAGUCAUGGCUCUCCACUACAUCGAAAUCAUCUGCGGUUGCACAAGCACUCGCUUCGGAGACAAACUCGGGCUCCUCAGAAUCGCCGACGAUGGCUCCAUCCUCGCUAUCUGCAACUGUAACGAAAACUGCAAUCAAGUGUUCACUUCACCUGUUGAGUUCGCAAAGCAUGGAUCUAGGGCUUCCAGUGUGUCAAACUGGAGAUCUAAAGUUUGGGUUCGGAAUUGCAACGGCAAGAAGACAAAAUUGUCGAAAACUUGUUUACUGAGAUACUACAGAGGAGAUGAAUACCGAAGGCCGUACAAUGAAGUCGGUCAUCGUGACCAGUUCUUGAAUUGCAGUGCCUGUAACAAGCUGCGACGGUUUGAACUUCGGACGAAGGAAGCAUGUCGAUUGUAUCAUGAUGCUGUAGCUAGACCAAAUCGUACUUGUUACGAUAUGAUACCAGGCCGUUCAGGUGGACAUGUGACAAUCUCGAAGAAAGGAAAAGCUCAAUGACCCGAACCGGAUGCCGAAAAGACCUUUGGUGCGAGGGUUGCGUCCAUUGUGUGUGUUUUGGAUGCAAUAU